AAUAACAAUUUUUAAACAAUACUGAUACUGUUGGUAACUAACGUACGACCUGUCUAAAAUCUGUCAGGCCGGCAAAAAACAUGGAAAAUCCAGAGAACCCAAGAGUUUUCUUCGACGUUCAAAUCGGGGGCGAAAAUGUGGGCAGAAUUGUCUUUGAGUUAUUCAAAGAUAAACUUCCAAAAACAGCAGAAAACUUUAGAGCAUUGUGUACUGGAGAGAAAGGCAUUGGUAAAUCAACUGGAUGUCCACUGCAUUUCAAGAAAUGUCCAUUCCAUAGAAUUAUAAAGGACUUUAUGGUCCAAGGAGGUGAUUUCUCCAACAAAAAUGGAACUGGAGGAGAAAGUAUUUAUGGUGAAAAAUUUGAGGAUGAAGGCUUCCCAUACACUCAUGACAAGCCUGGUCUUCUCAGUAUGGCAAAUGCAGGCCCUAAUACAAAUGGCUCACAGUUCUUCAUCCUCUGUAAGCCAGCACACCAUUUGGAUGGUAAACAUGUUGUAUUUGGGAAGGUUCUGAAGGGUAUGGGUGUUGUUCGUGAGCUGGAAAAUGUGGAGAAGGAGGAAGAGAAACCAAAACUGGAGUGUAUGAUAAGUGAUUGUGGAGAACUUGCUCCGGGAGAGGAUGAUGGUGUAUGUAGCGCUGAUGACUCGGGGGAUCAGACACCAGACUGGCCUGAGGACAGUCAACUGGACUUCAGCAAUUCUGAAAACAAAGACAAAGUGUUGGAAAUGAUCAAAUCCAUCAAAGAAUGUGGUAACUCAUUGUUUAAAGAGCAGAAAUUUCAACCAGCAAAGAAAAAGUACAAAAAGGCAUUAAGAUAUUUGAAUGAAGUUGACAAUAGUAUGGAUUUAAGUGAUGAAGCAAACAAGGAGAUUGAAUCCACAUUCCUUAUUCCUGUUUGUCUUAAUUUAGCUGCUUGUCAUCUCAAACUGGAAGAAUAUGCUCAAGCUAUUGAACAGUGUAAUGAGGUGUUAGCGGCAAACAACAGGAAUGUCAAAGCACUCUUUAGAAAAGGACAGGCAGAGUGUGGCCUCAAAAACUUUGACCAAGCUUUGGAAAGUCUUAGUGAAGCUUCAAAACUAGAACCAUCAGACAAAGGUAUUCAGCGAGAGCUAGCCAAAGUAAAGAAAGUCCUCGAGGAAUAUAAAACUAAGGAGAAGAAAAUGUAUGCAAAAAUGUUUGCAUGAUAAGAUUCCAAUUGAUAUACACAUAUAAAUUAAUUUCAGCAUAUGUGUAGAUGUCAGUAACUAGCACUGGACAUUUCUUGUUCAAAUGUAUUAGAAGUACUAUUAUGUAGAGGUCAUCAUUUUUAUGAUGUCAUAAUAGUACUGUGGAAACAGUCCACUCAAAAUAGAAUACAAAGAGAGAGAGUAAAGAAACCAGUGUGAAUGUUUCAGUAGAUGUAUUUGUAGUUACCAGGUUUACAGUUUGUUGUUAUAUGUGGGUAGGUAGUCUUACAUGCACCCACCGUUGAACUGUAUUGUUGGACAACAUGUAGAGGCACUUGCUGAUUCGUUACUGCCGUCUGUUUCAUCUCAUUUUUGUUUUGUUAGCUUUAUCUGUCAUUGUUCAUUUAAAAAAUAAAUAUGUUUCUGAAUCCUUGUUGUGAUAUAUUCCUUUUAUGAUAUGAAUCAAAGUUUGCAAUUACUUGACAAUUGUAACGAAUUUUUCUUCAAUAUUUCAAAUGUUUGUUUUAAUCUUCUAAAAUGUCUUUGUAAUAAAAUUUUAAAAAUAGAA